AUGAUCGUGCCUGUUCGGUGUUUCUCUUGUGGAAAGGUUGUGGGUGACAAAUGGGAGGCGUACCUGAACAUGCUUCAGGAAGAGGAGCUUGACGAGGGUACGGCUCUGUCCCGGUUGGGCCUGAAGAGAUACUGCUGCAGAAGAAUGAUCCUGACGCAUGUUGACCUGAUCGAGAAGUUCCUGCGGUACAACCCACUUGAAAAGCGGGAUUGA